AUGGGACUGCUGCUGGACCAGCAUGCACAGAGGAGACCGGAGCAGCUGGAUCAGGCCGUGGGCCAGCGGUCAGCGUCCCCCUCCCUGGCACAGACUGCACCCAGCUCCCAGAGCCCCCGGGAGAUGAGGGGCCGGGGCCAGCCCGGACCGGCGGCGGAGGGGCCGCGGAGGACACUGCAGGUGGACGCCAGGAGCCAGGGCCCGGGGAGGUCUCCCUCGGUGUCGCCGGACCGGGGCAGCACCCCUACCUCUCCCUACUCAGUCCCGCAGAUCGCCCCCCUGCCCAGCAGCACCCUCUGCCCCAUCUGCAAGACGACAGAGCUCACCUCCUCCCCCGGCCAGCCCAACUUCAACGCCUGCACCCAGUGUCACAGCAAAGUCUGCAACCAGUGUGGCUUCAACCCCAACCCGCACCUCACCCAGGUGAAGGAAUGGCUGUGCUUGAACUGUCAGAUGCAGAGGGCGCUGGGGAUGGACAUGACCACCGCUCCUCGCUCCAAGAGCCAGCAGCAGCUGCACUCCCCUUCGCCAUCCCCCUCCCACUCCCCAGCCAAGCAUCCACCACCCUCGGGUCCAGAUAAGACCCCUCCGGCCCCCCGCACCCAGCCCCAAGAGCCACCCAAACCUCACCCCACCAUGCCGCAGAGGGAACCGCACGGCCAAGGACAGCCAAAACCUCAGGAGGCAGCCAGGUCCUCCCCGCAGCAUCAGCCAGCCAAGCCUUCCCCCUCCGAGCAGAGAAAGGCACCGGGAGAUGUCGGGGCGAAGCCUGCAGCCCCGGCUCCCGGGGCUGGGGCACCAGAGCAGCCCCAGGAGGGGCUCACGGGGAAGCUCUUUGGCUUUGGGGCGUCCCUCCUCACCCAGGCCAGCACACUCAUGUCAGUCCAGCCAGAGGCCCCCCCUCCGAGCCAGCCAUCCCCUGGCAAAGUGCCUCCAAAAAUCGUCUUCAGCGAUGCCAGCAAAGAAGCUGGUCCCAAAGCCCCGGGGGCACAGGGCCGGGCCGGUGCCGCACCGGCCACGAAGCCAGGCAAGCCAGAGCAGGGUGUUAAGCCGAAGGAAGUGCCGAAAGCAAGGGUCUCGUGCCCCCUCUGCAAGGCGGAGAUCAACGUGGGCUCCGGCGAGCCCCCCAACUACAACACCUGCACGACCUGCCGGCAGCAGGUCUGCAACAUGUGUGGCUUCAACCCCACGCCUCACCUGGUGGAGAAGAACGAAUGGCUGUGCUUGAACUGCCAAACCCAACGGCUGCUCGAAGGCAGCCUCGGCGACCCUGCCCCGAUGCCACUGCCUACCCCAAAGCCACCGUCCACCGGCUCCCCGCGGCACCAGCCGCCCACCACCGGCCAGCAGCAGAGAGCACCCACACCGGCACCCGCACCCGCACCCACCGAGCCAGCGGCACCCCCUGAGCCACAGCCCUCGCCUGCCAAGAGCCUCCGGGCUGCCGAGCAGAGCAGGACUCUGAGCCCUGUCCCAGCAGAGAAGAAGCCCCCAGCACCGGCAGAAAAAAAGCCCCCAGCACAGGCAGAAAAGAAGCCCCCGGCACAGGCAGAAAAGAAGCCCCCGGCACAGGCAGAAAAGAAGCCCCCAGCUCCAGCAGAGGACAAGCCGCCGCCCAAAGCUGCCCCGGAGCCUUCCAGAGCCCCUGAGAUCGCCAUUCCAAAGGGGAAGAGCGUGACCCCCAAACCGGAGGUGGAGAGCAAGGAGAGCCGGGCAGUGCCCGAGGCACCGCGGGCGAAGGAGCAGGAGGAUGGGAGCAAGCCUUACCCCCCAGACCUGUCCCGCAGCCCCCAGAGCCUCAGCGACACCGGCUACUCCUCCGAUGGCAUCUCCAGCUCGCAGAGCGAGAUCACCGGCCUGGUGCAGCAGGAGGAGGAGAAGCUGAGCAGCACCGGGCUGGCCGGGCAGAGCCCCCCCAGCCCCUCCGAGCUCACCAAGCUGGAAAGCAGCAUGCGGCCCCUCCUGGAAGGCCGGGGUGCCCCACCAGAGCCCACCGAGCCUGGCAAAGGCCGUUCGGAGACACAGGAGGAUCAGCGACAACGGCAGCGGCCACGGUACCUCUCUAUCACCCCCGAAGCCUUCGACUCGGACGAGGAGCUGGAGGACAUCUUGGAGGAGGAUGAGGAGUGGGAUAACCAGCGGGAGCGGCGGGAAAGUGCUGAGUCCUCAGAUGAGUUUGGCAGCAAGCUGCGGCACGACUACGUGGAGGACAGCAGCGAGGGGGGCUUCUCCCCAGUGCCCCCCCGGGCCAAGGGCCGGGAGGCGGAGGUGAGCGAUGAGGAGUUCAUGCGGAGGCAGAUCCUGGAGAUGAGUGCGGAGGAGGACAACCUUGAAGAGGAGGAGGAAGGCUACGGGCGCACCAAGUACAGCAUCCCCAAAGCCGGGCAGAAGGCCGAGGCAGAGAAGGGCAAAGAGCCAGCGCCAGCCAAGCGGCGCCUGCCACAUGGUGCCAGCAGCAUGUACACGGAGGAGAGGAAGGAGGUGGAGGCAGCAGAGGGUGAUGACUUGAGCACGGCCCAGGGUGGGCUCCGGCGAUUCAAGACCAUUGAGCUGAACAGCACAACUGGCUAUGGCCGGGAGAUGGAGAUGGGCCAGGAGGCGGACACCAGCCUGGACCGGGAGCCUGAGCUGGAGAUGGAGAGCCUGACAGGCUCCCCUGAGGAACGCUCCCGGGGCGAGUAUUCCUCCACCCUACCAGCCACAACGCCCAGUUACACCUCGGGCACCUCACCAACCUCCAUCUCCUCUCUGGAGGAGGACAGCGACAGCAGCCCCAGCCGCCGGCAGCGGCUGGAGGAGGUGAAGCAGCAGAGGAAGGCUCGGCACCGCUCACAUGGGCCCUUGCUGCCCACCAUUGAGGACUCAUCUGAGGAGGAGGAGAUGCGGGAGGAAGAGGAGCUGCUGCGGGAGCAGGAGAAGAUGCGGGAGGUGGAGCAGCAGCGCAUCCGGAGCACAGCACGCAAGACCAAGCGUGACAAGGAGGAGCUGAGGGCCCAGCGGAGGAGGGAGCGCUCCAAAACACCCCCCAGCAACCUCUCCCCCAUCGAGGAUGCCUCCCCCACUGAGGAGCUGCGACAGGCGGCAGAGAUGGAGGAGCUGCACCGCUCCUCCUGCUCUGAGUACUCGCCUUCCAUCGACUCAGAGGCAGAGAGCUUUGACGCUGUGACCUCCAAGCUAUACAAGUCAGGCAGUGAGUACAACCUGCCCACCUUCAUGUCACUCUACUCCCCAACAGAGAAGGUGGAGACCGGCCCCAGCCAGCCCGCCAGCAAGCCCCUCAAGAGUGCCGAGGAAGCCUACGAGGAGAUGAUGAGGAAGGCAGAGAUGAUGCAGAAGCAGCAGGUCCAGCAGGCCCAGCCGGCCUCUUCCUUUGGCAGCACCUACCAGCAGGUCGGCUACCGCGGCACCGAGAGCCAGAAUGGCUUCGAGUACCAGUAUGCCGAUGAGUACCGGUACGACAGCGGCCUCAUGCGCCCCUCCCAGCCUGACUAUCCCAGCGCCCUGCCAAAGGUGGGAGCAGUGUAUGAGGAGAUCCUGCAGACCUCGCAGAGCAUCUCCAGGAUGCACCAGUCUUCUUCCUUUGACCUGGCCCUCGAGCAGGGUGAGAAGGCGAAGGGGCAGGAGGAGGCGUACCAGGAGAAGCGCUUCCUCAAUGCUGAGAGCGCCUACGCCGAGCUGUUGAAACAGAACGGCGGCCCGCUCACCCCCGGCACCAGCCCCACACAGCUCUCUGCUCCUGUCUCCUUUGCCAGCUCUGACAGCAGCACGGGCAAAACCAUUCCUGAUGUCCGGGUCACCCAGCAUUUUGCAAAAGAGGGGCAAGACCUAGCCAAGGUCCAGAGUGCCCCGGCAGCACCCAGCCCAGUAUCCAAGCCUACCACCAUUCCUUAUGCCUACAGCAAAGGUGCCAGCACAGUGACAACAGCGGCGGGCAGCCCUGGGAGCACACUGCGGAGCUACAGCUCACCAGCUCCAGAGACCCCAUCCAUAGCUGGGAGAAGCUAUACUCCAGCAAAGAGCACCGUCAGCUAUGGCUCACAGACAGAGGACACCAGCAGAACCAGGACGGUGGAGAUCAGCGUGCAGACAGCCAGGGAGAAGCUCCCAGCCGUGAGCGACAGCAAGCCUGCAGUGCCCAAGACAUACCCCUUCUUCAAAACCUCCAGCCCUCCACUCUCUCCCACCUCCCCCACACAGAGUCCCACCCGCACCACAAAGGCCACAGCUGAGUUUUCCACGCAGACACAGAGCCCCAUCCUCUCCUACGAGGGUCUCUCUGCCGCGGCUGCUGGCCCGGACACGUCUUCCCCCAUGGUGGCACAGGGGACGCAGACACCGCACCGGGCGGGCUCGCCGCGCCUGACCCGGCAGGCCUCCUCACAGGACUCCCCCUUCAUGGUGAUCACACUGGCGGCCGACGCAGCCAGCCAAACCAAGCCAGUCAGCUCUGGCGCUUUGACGUCCCCGACCUCAUCCCCCACCAGGCCAAGCCGGCAGCUGCUGGCCCACGGUUACACCCAGACACCGGAGCCAGAGCAGCUGGCAGGUGCCUACAUCAGGGCACAACCAGUGAAGGACCAUGCCCAGAAAGCAACUGCCGUGACUUCAGCUGCUGAUGGCAUCACAGGGCUAUACAGCUGGGGAGCGCUCCCUGCGGAAAACAUAUCCCUCUGCCGCAUCUCCUCCAUCCCCGGCACAUCUCGAGUGGAGCCAGGGCCCAAGGUGCCAAGCAGCAAUGCUGUGGAUUUGCGGACAGCACUGAAGUCUGCCCCCAUCAUCAUAACAGACCAAGGCAUGGAUCUCACAUCCUUGGCCACUGAGGCCAGGAAGUAUUGCCUGACCCUGGACCACAUCCCAAACCGGCAGUCCACGGCCAUCCAGCCCUUGAUCAUCAACCUCAAUGCCCAGGAGCAGCCCCAUGCCAUCAUCGCAGCAGCCAGCACUGCCGGCCUGGCCAUCGCCUCCCCCAUGAUCCUUUCACAGUCCAAACAACCUGUGGUCUAUGGAGACCCUUUCCAGAGCCGUGUGGACUUUGGGCAGGGGACUGGGAGUCCAGUGUGCUUGGCACAGGUGAAGCAGGUGGAGCAGGGAGUCCAGACAGCCACUGUCAGAGCCAGUGGGGUAGCCAGUGGCAAGCCCGAGCCUGCCACUGGCCCCCAGACCAAAUUUGCAAGGUAUGGCGUGCCGGGCCAGAUGGCAAAGAAGGAUGUGCUUCUCACACAGACUGGCGGGGUGCAGAAUGCUGGUGGCCUUCCACAGUCCUUCCCGCCAGAGCCGGGCUCGGAGGUGUACCGGGCAGUGCCAGUGGAGCUGAAGAGCCAGAGCCCUCUCCUUGCCCUAGGCGGCAAGAAGUCCCAGGUGAUGAUGGUGCAGAUGGAGGAGGCAGCUACUGGCCCAGUGACCAAAGUGCUGAAGGAGGAGGCGCCGACCAAUGUGCUGGACCUCACAGGCGUGAAGCCAGAAAGCCAGGUGGCCUGCUGUGACAUGGUCUACAAGUUCCCCUUCGGCGGCAGCUGCACCGGCGCUUUCAACCCCACCUCCAAGAUGCCAGAGAAAAAAGCCGGGGAGGCAACGGUGGCGCCUGGACGAAAAGCCAGUGGGCCCCUCUAUGGCAGCAGAGAGCCAGAGCUGCCAGAGACCUUCCCCUACCGGGAGCAGCCAGCCCCAGCACCUGCACUCUAUGAGGAGCAGAAAUUUUAUGCAGCUAGCGCCUUUGGCCGCCUCUACUCUUCCAUGUCAGACACAAACCUCUCUGAAAUCGGGAUGGGCUACUACCACACGAAGGGGGAUCAGCCCUUCCCCUCCCCGGCAGGUGAUGCCGCUGUGGACCUGAGCACCAUGAAGCACUCCUACAGCGUGGGCUUUGCUGAGGGGGGUUACCUGGGCCAAGGGCUGCAGUACGGCUCCUUCUCCGACCUGCGACAACCUGGAGAGCUGCUGAGCCACCCAUUCCCCAUGCGGAGGUACAGCUCAGCCUCCAACAUCUACUCUGACUACCGUUUCUCGCCCCGGGGGGACCUGGCCAGCUUCCAGGAGUCCAGCCUGGCCCACUACAGUGCCACCACGGCACGCGAGAUCAGCCGCAUGUGCGCUGCCCUCAACUCCAUGGACCAGUACGGGGGCCGGCAUGCCAAUGGCCCCGACAUGCUGCCCUAUGGCCCCAGCGCUGGGCAGGGGGGCACAGGGGGGCUGGCAGCUCAGCAGCAGGGCCCUGUACCGCCCAAACCCGGCGGGAUGUACAACCCCACCUUCCCCGAGGGACGGCAGGGCUUCAGCAACCUGGCACAGUACAAUGUUCCCGGCGUCCGCCUGGGCGCCAUCCGGCAGAUGCUUCCUUCCACUGCAACCGUGCGGGCCGCUGAUGGCAUGAUCUACUCCACCAUCAACACGCCCAUCGCCUCCACGCUGCCCAUCACCACCCAGCCCGCCUCAGUACUGCGGCCCAUGCUGCGUGGGCUGUACAGACCCUACGGCCCUGGUGGCGUAGCAGCGGUCCCACUGGCCAGCCUGGCCAGGCUGCCCGUCGUCACCCCCCGUGUCCCGCUGGCAGCACAGGGCCUGUACCGCUUCCCAGCCCCGAGCCACGCAGCCCCAAGUCAUGCAGCCCCGAGCCACGCAGCCCCGAGCCACGCAGCCCCAAGCCACCCGGCUCCAAGCCGUCCAGCCCCAGCAGCCUCACUGAUGGAGACACCUGUCUACCUGGGGAAGCCUGUCGUCAGCACAGCACCAGCAACGGCGGGAGCUGGUCCCACUCCCAAAGCCCCUACUGCCCCAGCUGCCCCCACCAGUGGCUUGCAGAGAGUGGAGCCGCCACCCGCUGCCCCUCGUGUGGAGGCACCGGCAGCGCCAGCAGCCGCCAAGGAGAGCGUGCAAGCAGCCGCAGCGCCCAAGCCGCCACUGGAUGGGGCUCUGCGGGAGGAGCGGGAGCGGGAAGAGGAACGACAGCGCAAGCAGCAGGAGCACGUGCUGCAGCUGGAGCGGGAGCGCGUGGAGCUGGAGAAGCUGCGGCAGCUGCGGCUGCAGGAGGAGCUGGAGCGGGAGCGCGCGGAGCUGCAGCGGCACCGUGAGAAGGAGCAGAUGUUGGUGCAGCGGGAGCUGCAGGAGCUGCAGUGCAUCAAGCAGCAGGUGCUGCAGCAGCAGCAGGAGGAGCGGCAUGCACAGCUGGCACUGCAGCGGGAGCAGCUCGCCCAGCAGCGCCUCCAACUCGAGCACAUCCACCAGCUCCAGCACCAGCUGCAGCAGCAGCUGGAGGAGCAGAAGCGGCAGAAGACCAUCUUCCCUGCGCCCGUCGAGCCCACUGCCCGCCCACCUGAGGGGCCCGCCGAGGUGCCACGGGGGCUGCCACACAACGGGCAGGCAUGGGCCCCACCGGGCCAGGCACCCCCAGAGGGGCCCACCGGCCCCCGCUACCCUGUGCCGCAGAGGCCGCUCAGCAGCUCAGCCUCGGACAUGUCACUGCAAGUCGAGGAGUCCUGGGAGCCCGGCCGGGGCAUCAAGAAAAGGAACUCGAUGCCACGGCUGCGGGAUGCCUACGAGAAGGAGGCGACACGGGAGGCCUUCGUGGCAAGGAAGACAGCAGACAGCAGCGUGCAGACAGACGAGGAGGAUGGCGAGGAGCGGUACAUGCUGUCACGGCGACGGCGGACGCGGCGCAGCGCUGACUGCAGCGUGCAGACAGACGAGGAGGACAGCGGGGAGUGGGAGCAGCCUGUGCGCCGCCGGCGCUCCAGGGCCUCACGGCAUGCCGAGGCCAGCGCUGAGGGCAAGACGGACGGGGUGACCCGCGGUACAGCCAGUGUGGGCAUCCAGACCAUCAGCGACUGCUCAGUGCAAACAGAGCCCGACCAGCUCCUCCGUGUCUCCCCCUCCAUCCACAUCACCACCCAUGACCCCCGGGUGGAGAUCGUGAAGUACAUCUCGGCCCCGGAGAAGACGCAGCGGGGUGAGAGCCUGGCCUGCCAGACGGAGCCAGAGCCAGCCCCUCAACCUGGCGUCGUGGUCCCCCAGCUGACGGUGCCCACCACCAUCCCACCCUACUCUACCAACCUCCAGAUAGUGAGCACAGGCCCCCUGGACCCCCACGCAGUCCGGCAGCAGACCCUAGGCAAGUUUGAGAAGAAGAAGCCAGAUCCCCUGGAAAUCGGCUACCAGUCCCAUCUGCCGGCCGAAUCCCUCUCCCAGCUGGUGACCCGCCAGCCACCCCGCUCUCCUCAGGUCCUCUACUCACCCGUCUCACCCCUGUCCCCCCACCGUCUCCUGGAGUCCUCCUUCGCCACCAGCGAGCGGCUGAACAAGGCCCACGUCCCCCCGCAGAAGCACUUCACCACCGACUUAGCCCAGCGCCAGCAGACGCUGCCACGCCCCAUCAAGACCAUGCAGCGCUCCCUCUCCGACCCCAAGCCCAUCAGCCCCACCGCCGAGGAGGCCGGCAAAGACAGGUUUUCCCUCUAUCAGCACCCACUGCUGCCCAGCACCCAGGUGGGGGGGCUGCAGUCGAGCUCACUGGCACGCAAGGUGAAGCGGACACUGCCCAGCCCACCGCCCGAGGAGCCCCACGUCCCCCUGGCCAGCCCGGCCGCCUCCCAGCUCUACCUGAGCAGCCUGGCCACCAAGGCCACCGCGCCGGUCACCAAGGCCAGCCUGCUGAAGGAACUUGACCGUGACCUGAGGCUGGUGGAGCAUGAGGCCACCAAGCUGCGGAAGAAGCAGGCGGAGCUGGACGAGGAGGAGAAGGAGAUUGAUGCCAAGCUGAAGUACCUGGAGCUGGGCAUCACCCAGCGCAAGGAGUCGCUGCUGAAAGAUCGGGGUGGUGGGCGGGACCACCCCUACCUGCGCUACCCUGGGGACCGCCGGGACUACCUGUCCGACAGCGAGCUGCACAGCCUGCGCCUCGCCGCCUAUGACGGCGCUGGCCUGCGCCCCACACCUGCUGGGCAGUACCCCGACUACACCGCCACCGCUGCUGCCGCCUCCUAUGGCGCCUACCCCUACCCCGCCCCACAGGGCCCUGCUGCCUUCCCGCCGCCGCGCCUGCAGCACCCCCAGUACCCUGCAGCCAGCACCUCGCAGGAUGGCUUGUCGGCAGCCCCACUGCCCACCUUCACCUCACCCGCUGCCUUCCCGGCCCACGGCACCACAUACCCAGAGCUGGCCACGCCAGCCCAGCCAGGCUUCCAGCCCCCAAACCCCUACCAAGCCCCCAGCGCCUAUGCCGGGGCAGCCGCCGUGCCGGCGGCACAGCCCGCCCUCUAUCAGAGCCCAGCAGACUUAGCUGGCGGGCACCAGAAGCCACGGCAGACCUCACUGGCUGACCUGGAACAGAAGAUCCCCACCAACUACGAGGUCAUCAGCGCAGCCACCAGCUCCUCUGCCGUGCCUGAUGUCACCUUCAGCACCGCACCGGCGAGUGGCAGCUACGAGCAGUACAAGGCGCCUGAGACCCGGCCGGCCGAGAGAACCAGCACGACACCAGGCCCCUCGGCCAGCUACUCUUCUGAGUCCCUCUACACCAGCCUGGAGCAGAACAUCCCCCGUAACUAUGUGAUGAUUGAGGACAUCAGCGAGCUCACCAAGGAGAGUCCAGCGGUGGAGGGGCACAAAGCGGAGCCGAUGGGCACAAGCGUCGACAGCCGCCACGUCAGAGAGAAGAGCGACCUGGGGGACACCGAGAGCUCCAGCCGGCCCUGCUGUUACACCAAAGCUGAGGAGGAGUCUGAGGAGGACAUCUAUGACCACCAUGGCCCUGACUAUCGUGGGAAGAACAGCUACUACCGGGGCACAGAGAGCAAUGGCAGAGUGUCAGGGAGCUCCACCAGCUCGAGCUACUACUAUGGGGACAGUGAGUACCGGCAUUCCUCACGGGUGGACAAGCAUGGCUCUGGCACACCACUACCGAAGCAUUCAUCCAAAAACCUGGCACCCGCCGUCAUCUCCUCCAAGCGCAGCAAGCACAGGAAGCAGGGCAUGGAGCAGAAGAUCUCCAAGUUCUCGCCCAUCGAAGAAGCCAAAGACGUGGAGUCAGACCUGGCCUCCUACUCAGCAACAACCUCAGUUGGCAGCAGCAACGUGGCCUCCAGGGCCAAGAAGCUGCAGGAUGAGAUCACCUAUGGCCUGAAAAAGAACGUCUACGAGCAGCAGAAGUACUAUGGCGUCUCCAGCCGGGAUCUGGUGGACGAGGACGAGCGGGUCUACUCCAGCAGCAGCAGAACCCGCUCCUCUGGCUAUGGGGUGGAAAAGUCCUCUGGCCGGGAGAUGGGCAGCCGGAGCAAGUCCUAUGAACGGGAGGCCAUGGAGCGCUCCCAGAAAGUCAGCUCCAAGCCCUCGUCCCUCAGCAUGAGCCAGAGCCGCGGGCGGGCGCCCAUGCGCUCGCAGCCCUCGGAGGAGGAGAGCCCCGUCAGCCCCCUGGGGAAGUCAGUGGGGGGGUCACGCACUGCGGGGGGGCCAGGCCCUCAGUCUGCAGGGGACCCCUGCUCCCAGUUCUGCUCCAGCCACUCGUUGCCUGAUGUGCAAAAGCACAUCAAAGACGUGCCAAGGAGUCACUCGUACAAGCACGAGGAGGGCUACGGCAUGGACGAUGCCCAUUGCGUUGUCUCAGACAGCGAAGCCUAUCAUUUGGGUCAGGAGGAGACAGACUGGUUUGAUAAGCCCAGGGAAGCGCGGGCAGAGAGGGUCAGGCACUACGGUGGCCACUCUUCCUCGCAGAAGAGACCCCCAGUUAAGCACACCUACCACGAUUAUGAUGAGCCCCCUGAUGAAGAUCCGUGGCAGCACGAUGACUACCCCCAGCACCGUGAGCACCGGCACCACAGGGAGUAUGAUCGCCACUCUGGCACCUCCCGGCACGCCAGCGAUGAGCCCCCGCGCCGCUCGGCAAAGCAGCACCCACGAGAGUCUGGCCGCCACGAGCCCCGCAGCCACGGGCCACCGUCCGGCCCCAAGAAGGCACAGCAGCCCGAAUCCCGUGCGCCUUACGGCCCCAGCUCUGCUGAAUAUGGCCCAUCAUCCCGCCCUGCUGCUCACCACCAUGGCACCGAGACCCCCAAGGCACAGAAGCCUUCCCAGCCACACGUGUCGGCCACGACAGCGCCCAAGUCGGAGCCCCUCGCACACCCGCAGCAGCCGGCGGCCAGGCCGCAGCAGGCAGGGCAGCCAGCAGCACGGCAGCAGCCAGUGGCACGGCAGGCUGCCCAGCCAGCAGGCUCAGCACAGCCCGAGGCCAGGGGCAGGACACAGGGACCUGCCUCGGCCCGGCCACCGCAGCAGCAGCCGGGGCCAGCCCAGGCAGCAGGGAAGGCACCGGCCGCACUCCACACACAGCCGGGCGGACACCCAGCACCGGUGACAAAAGCAGAGCCGACGGACACGUCCAAACCCGCAGCGAAAGUGCCACAGCAGCCAGGGAGAGCUCCAGCAGCACAGCCCCUGGGAGCAGCAGCAGACAGCAAGGCUGGUCCAAGGGCGGCCGGGCCACGAGGUCCCGCUGGCAUGGCCACGGGGCAGCCUGGUGGGGAAGGAGAGAGUGUCUUCUCCAAAAUCCUGCCAGGGGGGGCAGCGGAACAAGCAGGCAAACUGACUGAAGCGGUGUCAGCUUUCGGCAAGAAGUUCACUUCAUUCUGGUGAGAGAACGGCACAAGGAGUUUGGGAAGCGAGUGGAGAUUGAGUCGUUGCAGUGGAAAAACCUAUGAAGAAGCCAAUGAAUUCAGCACGCAGCGCCAGACUCUGAGUAUAACGCUUUUGAAAGCAGGGCGAUCCCUGGAUGCUGGACCAAACAGCGGCCGAGCAGGGGCCCGGCGGACGCCCUGGGGCAGGUGCCCCCCACGCCAGGCGAGCAGCUCCAGCGCGGCACACGGCAAGCCCCGGCAGCCGCCACGAGGGGAUGGGCCUGAUACAGACCAUUGGGUCGGGCCCUGUGGGUGGGCUGCGGCCCUUUCUCAAGAUUAUACGCAGAGUUGCUCCUUCCGAACCCCAGCUCUGGCCUCUUCAUAGGUUUUUCCCCCCCACAAGCCGAGGGCUGGGCGCCAUGGGCGCCACUCCUCCUUCCCAACCCCAUCCGCCCCGCCGGGGCCGUCCCCGCGCCCCCUGCACUGCGGCCCGCUCCCGGCCCCGCCGGGGAGCCCUCGGAGCGCGUCAGCUAGGACCUAACACUGUUUCACUACCGAAAUACGAGGCCAUAGGACUCUGACAGGCGGCGCGGCCGGCUGGGCGCAUGUCCCAAAGCCAUUGGAAGCAUUGAAAGGGCCGCGCUCGCCCUCGCCACGCAGCCAGCGCGCCUGCCGCGGGCACCCCUUUUCUUUCAAGAACAGCCUUAAUCAUCCCACUUUGAUUUCUGUGUAUACCUCAUCUGCACCGGGGGGGGCACGGGGCGUCGUCGGGGGGGUUCCUUUUUUUCUCGGUUUCUUUGGGUUCAUUUUCUUUUCGUUUUUGGGGUUUUAUUUUUCUAAAGUUUAUACCAAAUCCUCUUCCCUCUUUGCUUUGUGCGAUGAGUUAGCACACGGGCUGUCGUCUGUAGAAGCAAUAGAGUGCAGGAGGCUACAAAAGAGCACAAAUCCCGUGGAACAAGAUCAGGAGAGCUUUGCCUCCGGCAGUAUCCUUCCUUUUACUGUGCAAUCCAAGUCCUUCUCAAGCCAUUUUGCGGGGACGGCCAGCGCAGCGGCCGGCGGCCAAAGCCCACUCGCCCUGCCAGGAGGGGGUUCCCCAGGGGGGGAGGCAGCCCGAGGAGGGGGCUCACCCACACCCCGCCGCCUCCCCACGCUGGCAGUGCCCCGCCGGCACCCCCGCGGCGGGGGGCACCCGCCCACCCACCCGCCCGAUGUUCUAUGCAACGAAAUAACACGACUCCAGAACAAGACCUGUGAAUAGCUUAUCAGUUCAAUGUCGCGCCCAAGGGUUCCAUCGCAAAGCGUGCCGCCGAGCGACCCGAGAACUACUCUGUACCGACCACCCGUGCGUAUGAAUUCGUGGCAUGUUCGACCCACGGAGGGCCACUUUGCCAAAGGGCAGCCCUAGCGCCCGUGACCGUCUGUCCCGUCGUAGAGCAUGGCUUGCUACUUCUCUGCACGGUUCCACCCGCCUUUCAGUGCUUGCUGUUCUUUGCCUGGACUUUUCUUUUUUUCUUUUCCAUCAGUCCAUCGCUGUACUGAAAGCUCUUAGCAGAUUUAUGCACUUGUGAUCGAGGACCCGGUUGCCGCGGGAAGCCCACACUCGCCGGGGGCUCUGCCGGUGCCCAAGGCUGGGGGGAGGCCGGUGGCUGUGGGACGGGGGGGGGGGGGGGUCAGCGUGGCACUGCUGGGGGCAGCCCCACUGAGGAGCCGCCCGGCCCCGCGCACACCCGCCGCCUCUCCCCGCCGCUGACAAGUGCAGAGCCUGAGGGUGCCUCCCCGGCCCCGCCACUCCUCGCGCUGUAAAUACUUGUACAGUGUGUAAAUCGCACGCGGGACCGAGACCCCGCCGGGGCCUAAUCUCGCCGCCCGAGCACAUCCGCCACCUUGCCUUCGUGCCUGCCAGGACCGGGGGCACAGAGCCCACCCCCGCCAGGCAGGGCCCCCAGCCCGAACCGUGGCGAUCUGGCUGGGGCGGGGGGACGGGGGGGGGGUGCAAAGACCGAGGGCCGAGCGCGGCUGGGCGCUGUCUCCAGCGGUGAGUGCGAUGCCGGGUGCGCUCCCUCUGAACAUUGUGACGGUGUGCGUGUCUGCUGUGCUCUGUGCCACCCGUAGUGACCCCGUACCGUGCCGUACUGUGCCGUACCGUGCCGUACCGCCCCCGCCGCUGUGUCGUGACUCCCUCCCAGAAGCUGCCCCCUCACCAGGUGUUUCUGUGGGAACAGAAUAAAAAGGACUUGACACAAACCA